AGCCUGCAGCCUCAUCAGGGCAGCAAUGGUUGGCCGGCUAGCCUUGCAGGAUGUCCCUGAGCUGCUGGACAUGAAGAAGAAAGGGGACAGGGUGCUGGACAGUCCAGAUUCGGGACUUCCCCCAAGUCCUUGCCCCAGCAACUGGCUGUUGAGCCCAGCAGCAGCAGUGGAGAAGUCCUCUGACCUGGAGGUCUCCGGGCAGACAGUGCUGGUGAGUACUUCACCCGCCUUAAGUUUGUCCAGCAGUUACACCCCAAGGCUUUGUCCUUUGUCAUUUGGUGAAGGUGUGGAAUUUGAUCCAUUGCCACCCAAGGAGAUAAGGUAUACCUCUUCAGUGAAAUAUGACUCUGAGAAGCACUUCAUUGAUAACAUCUACAUGCCGGUGGGCCUGGGUGUCUCCUCGUGCAGUCAAACAGUCAUCUGCAUUCCCAACUGUACAUGGCGCAGUUACAGAGCCGAAGUUCACUUUCAGCCCAGGAACAAGCCGCAGAGAUACAUGAGCACCACCAUAGUUUAUCCAAAGCACACAAAAACAGUCUACACUACCACCCUGGAUUACAACUGCAAGAAAUGCAUGAGGCGCUUUCUGUCCAGUGUGGAGCUGGAGGCGGCUGAACAUGUGGGGAACGAGUGCUUUGUGGAUGAAUACUGAAUGCUUAUGUGUCUACCUCCAUACUGUCCAAGACUAUAAAUAUGGAGCACUUUGAGCAACAUAAUAUUAAAUGACACAUUGCAAAAGCAAGCUUUCAGUAAGAAAAUGGAAAGCUGCAAGAUAUGAGAUUCAUUGUAGGCAAUAUGUUUCAUCAGUAAACUGGUAGUGACACUUUUUUUAACCUAUAGAAGAUGGCUCAAAAAUCAUGUGCAUUGGACAGCAAUGUGACUCCAAAUAACAGAUUAUACUCCAGUCUUACAAAAAACCUACGGGUAUCAUAGAGAGCACUAAAAUACUUCCUUGUAUUGUAUAUUGGAGUCUAGACAAGAAGCUAUUAUAAUCUAUGUCUUCCUUAUAAAGCAAUCAUUGCAUUAUUUUACCCUAUGCAAUAACAGAAUCAGAGUUUGUACAACUGGAGGUCCUU